AUGAAUAAUAGUGUGCCAACAAGUGUAAGCCAAGAUUGGAGUUGUGCAAAUUCUACUCAGCCCACAAUCAACCAAAGGCAGCAGCAGAUUAUUCAAGUCACACAUGGUAGAACUCAAAAAAGGCAACAUGACACUACUUUACCGAGUUCAAACACUACCCCACAAGCUGAAGAUUUAAUGUUGGAGCAAGAUGGAUCAAGAAAGGAAAAGAGCAAGCCAAGGGUAAGGGCUACAACUAUUGAUGAAUUUUUAAAAGAAGAUGGGAUAGAUGUAGAAAUUGACGAACUAAGCUCUGAACUAAGUGAUGAUGUGGGAGAUAGCUUUCCACUUGAUGAAAAUUAUUAUUCACAUGUGAUGGAGGACAUUGAUGAUGACGAAGGAGAGCCAAAGAAGAAAACCCGGGGAAAAACAACUUGCAAAGAGAUUUAUGCAAGAACUAUGGAUCAGCGGGAAGAAGUUAUUUUUAAUAUUGGACAGCCAGUAGGACCAACCGAUCAAAGUGUGUCUAAUUUAACUAGUUUCGUAAGCACAAUUGGUAGAAAUAAAAGAUUUGUGAGUCUUUUAUACACUAGCUGGCAUGCUGUAACUCCUAAAGCUAAGAAAUUCAUGUGGAACUAUGUUAAUACCAACCCAGAUAGUGGAGAAAAGUGGGUGAUCCAAGCAAUUCGGGAUGCUUGGAAGUGGUUCAAGGGAAAGAUUAAGCAGAAGCACUUUGUUCCCUUUGAUACCAUCGAAGAUAUGUCAAUAAGUGAAAAAAACAAGAAACAUAAAGAACAGCAAAAGUUUCCACUUCGCAUGGGGCCAAUCAAUUUCGGAAGAGUACGAGUGGCUCUGCGCGCGACAAAGGAAACAAAUAAGGAACCAAAAAGGUUUGAAAUGUUCCUUGCUACUCGAACAAGUCGGAAAAGGAAUGAAGUUGAUCAGGAAACACAAGAUGCAAUUGAUGAAUUCCAAAACCAGCAAGCUGCUGGUGAAACAGAUGAGGAAGCUUUUGAGUCUUUAUUUGGAAAAGAACAACCAGGUCGGGUUAGGUGCUAUGAAAGAUCUGUUACACGAAGUGACUUAAAAAACCAUGCAGAAAUUUCUGAACUCAAGCAACAACACCAAGAGGAAGUCACAUCUUUGAAGGCUGAACUUGGAGACAUAAAGGCCAAACAGCAGCACCAAGAGGUUGACCUUCAAGGAUUGUGA